CGCUGCACACAUCGUUGUCUCUACAAUGAAUGCACCUGACUUCGUUAUCCCUCUGUCCUCUCAUCCACCCACUUGCCAAGCCAUCGCAUCCCUCCCUCCCUCUCCCAUCACACUUCAUCGCCAUCCAUCCAUCCAUCCAUCCACCCCACAUCAGCACUCCCCCACCCACAGGCACAUGCACCCCCCCAUGUGUGUCAAUCGGAAAAAACCAGCGCUUGCAUCUCUUCUCGCUCGAAAAAGUGACUGCCUCUCUCUUUGUGCUGUGUCACUCGUAGUGUGCGAUGGGGUGGUGGACAUCCCACUAUAUGCAGACAGACAGACAGACAGACACACUGGAUCGAAGCACACACCCACACGCGCAUCUCCGGCGCACGGUCGAAAACUCUCUCGCACAAGGCAUUCAGCAACAAACCUGUACGUAGCGGCAGACAGCUGUGGAUCCCCUUUGCCUCACGGACUCGAUCAGUCACGCUCGACGUCAUAUACAGUGCUGCUGACUGCCACAUCAGCAGCACCGCGUUCGACGCCCGGUGCAAUCGGGUCGGAUCCCGUGAGUGAGGCAGAAGAGAGAGACGGACAGCGCAGCCACUCAGUCAGACAGUGCGGCACGGCGGACGUGGCAGGCACAGCAUACAGACAGACAGACAAAUCGACUCACUCAGUCAUACAGACGUACAGGGAAAAAUCACAGGUGGCGACGGACACGGGACGCAGAUCAUCGACCCGCGUGAGCAGUCGUGGGGAGCAGGAAGUGUAUUCAGCCCGCUGGUGCUUUGGUCAGCCAGCGGGACCGAACUGCACCACCCACACCAACACGACAGCCACACGGGACCGGUUCGCAUCGCACCGUCAUCCGAUUCUCGCUACAUGUGUCGGUCCAGCCAGACCAGGCCAGGCGACGAAAUAUGCACUCACGCAUGCAUGAGGUGUAUGUGCGUGUGUGUGUGUGGACUCACUCACGAAAAAGCAGCAAGGAACAAGACGGACAAACCACAGCACACACGUGCGUGCGCAUCCACACAGACAGACAAACACUCACCCAAUCACUGACUCAUCAUGCUUGGUGGGAAGAAUCGCCCACACAAGCGCAGUGGCCUCCGCCGCUCCACUCACUCAUCUCCCAGUGUCGCAAGCACCACCGCUCCCACGUAUAUACUCAACACCACACAAACAAACUCACGGCAUCCAGCGGGCCAGUCUCUCAGAUAUUCAGUGUGUGUCUGUGUCUGUCAGUCAGCCGUCUGUCAUCAUUUCUCGGAGGUGUGUUUGUAGCCUUUGUUGAAGAUGGGUUGGUAGUGCUUGGACUUGCGGCGCAGGGACCUUAGCAGGUAGGUGUUGUCGCCGUGGUCCUUCUUCUCAGUCGUUGACGGCGUGUAUGUGCCGCCCUGCACCACGCACACAAACAGAGAGCCCAGAUGCACUCAGCGUGUUGUGCAUGUCUCUCUCUGCAGUGUGCUUGCUGUGUGUACCGGGCUGCCGUAAGGCGACUGGGCCAUCAUGCGUGUGUUCCAGGAGCCCCUGAAGCAGUAAGUGGCGGGCACCGACACGAACCCCUCAGUCGCCUCCAGAAUGGUAGUCGCAUCCACGUCCUGCAGAGAGGACAGGCAACCAGGACAGAGUGGAUGCAUCCCUUGCCUCAAGCAUGCCCCAUUGCUCACGUUGGAUGCAGCGGUGGCCAUGCUCAGCACAGCAAGGAGGGCCAAAGCAGCAGCAAGAAAACGCAUCAUCGUCGUAACAGACAGAUGGAUGGAAAGAUGCACUAAGACAGCGUGUUGAUGGCACAGGGCACCAGCGGCG